AUGAAACUCUCAAUCCUAUUACUAGCAUGUGUAGCUCUAGUAAGCUCAUACAAAAUGGUUUUUUUCACUUUGGGAAUGUCUAAGAGUCAAAUUCUGUUGAAUGCGAGAGUAGCGGAGGCAUUAAUGAAUGCAGGGCAUGAUGCAACGCUUGUUCUCUUAGAAAUUAUGGAAGGAGUUGAUAACAGUCAGCUGAAAUUACCGAAAGGAUUGAAGGUUGUACCAGUGAAUUGUUCCUUAGGGCUACAUAUGAAAGCAGCUGAGAAAGAACAAGAGUUGAUAUUCAAAGAUACCUCAUUUUUCGAUAGCGAACAAAGAGCAAGUUUAAGCAAAAAAUUGGAAUUCAUGUUGAAAUCUUGUGAUAAGUUGAUCAACAAUGAUGAGCUUUUGAGUUGGCUCGAGAAUGAAAAGUUCGAUGUUGCUUUCCCUCAUAUGUAUGAUCUCUGUACUGUUGGACUGAUCCACAAGGCUAAGAUUCCUUCUUGGAUUUGGCUUAACAGUGGAAAAAUUAUGGACUAUGUCGCUAAAAUAGUUGGAGCGCCCAUCAUACCUAGUUAUGUUUCUCCAAUGAUGAUGGAAGCUCACGAUACUCUUAAUUUCAAAGAACGCGUGAAGAGUUUCUUCGGACAUGCAUUGAUGGAUAUAAUUUGGCCGAAAACUGUUGCCAAUCCUGAGACGGAAUUAUUCAGAAAAAAAUUCGGCUCUGACUUCCCUGAUCUCAUUGAAGUAGCUAAAAAUUGUUCUCUGGUCUUUGUCAACUCUCAUGAUGUUUAUGGAUUAGCUUCUCCUACAUUGGGAAAAAUUAUAAAUAUCGGUGGAAUAGGCAUGGAUGACAAGGCGGCUUCGGAGUUACCAGAGGAAUUCAAAAAAAUUGUUGAUAAAGGAAAAGGUACAGUAAUCAUGUCUUUUGGAUCGGUUGCUCCAGCACAUAAGAUGCCCAAAGAAUGGAAACAUGGACUAUUGGAAGCUUUUAAGGCUCUACCUGAUUAUCAGUUUGUUGUUCGGUACAUGGAGAAUGACUUAGACGAAAUUCUUCCCUCUAAUGUACACUUCUACAAAUGGUUACCUCAAUCAGAUUUAAUGCAUCAUCCCAAAGUCAAGGCUCUUAUCACCCAUGGUGGAUACAACAGUAUGCAGGAAGCUGUUGCUGCUGGUAAACCUUUGGCUGUUAUACCUUUGUUCGGAGAUCAACCAAAGAAUUCCCAAAUAGCGAAGAAACAUGGCAUAGCAGUUGUACUACAAAAAUCAGAAAUUACAAAAGAUGUUGUAGUUGAGAAAUUGACAACUUUGCUCACCGAUCCAAGCUAUUCUACAAAGGCCGCACUCAUGAAGCAGCUCACCAAAGAUUAUCCUUAUAAUCCAUCUGAGCAGAUUGUACAAUGGACAGAGUAUGUAGCCAAGUUCAAAACUCUUGAAUUCUUGGAACCUGCUGGUAUUCGUCUUGGCUGGAUUCAAUAUCAUUCCCUAGAUGUCCUACUCUUCGUUUCGAGCAUUCUUCUGCUCACUCUUUUCAUAAUAUUCAAAGUAUUACGGGGCAUUUAUAAUUUAAUUCGUUGUAACAAAAGAGUAUCUAAAUCUAAAAGCGAAUAA